ACGCAAUUCGCCCGCCGACCUCGAGACCUCAGUCGUUCUACGCUUCGCCUUUUUUUUUCGCCCAUUCUUUCCUUCAUGGAGUACUUGACAAACACGCUCGCCACGCCAUCACAGCUUGCUUCUCCUCCUUCCCGAGCAGAUGGCAUCGAUCCUGAUCUGGAGCGACGUCUGAGGUUCGUAGCAGCAGGCUUGGUGCAAGAGAUGGGUGUGCAACUGCGGUUAAGGCAGGAAGUUAUUGCACAUGCUAUGAUAUUGUUGCAGAGAUUCUAUUUUGUGGCGAGCUUCGCGGAAUUCGCAAUACAGGAUAUUGCGCUAGCAGUAACAUACCUUUCUUCAAAGCUCAACGAAACUCAGAAAUCUUUACGGGACUGUCUGAACGUGCAACAUUACAUGAAACACUAUCACUCUCGGUCAUCAACAGAGUACAUACCUCCGGAUUACUUCGAUCAGACAUAUUACUCAGGCCGCGAACGUCUUUUGGAGUGUGAGAUGGAGGUGCUAAAACGAUUGGGUUUCAAAGUACAAGUUGCACUGCCGUACAGUCUGGCGUUGAGCUACGCACGGGUAUUAAACUUGCCAAAAAGCGUCUUUCAGAGGAUAUGGAACACUUUGAGUGAUGUGAACCGGGGUAUAUUGCCGUGUAUCCACGAUCCAGCAGCAUUAGCAUGUGGAUCAAUAUGGUUGGUUUGUCGAGGGGGGGCUGGAGGAAAGGGCGGAGAGAAGGUCAAAUUGCCACCAGGCUGGUGGGAGCUCUUCGACGUCGAAAACGAGGACCUUGGUCAUGUUGUUGCUAGCAUCGAGGCUAUGUAUGCGUGGGUGGAGAGCGAAAAGGAUACGUUCGCGGCUAUGCCAUGGGACACUGAAGGAUUAAGAAGGCUGCUGACGGCGAGAGAUGGGUUAAAGGAGAAUGUAGCGAGCAAGUAGGGGUAUAUUGGUAUUCUCGGCCUUCGCAAUCAAACUCGACAGGCCAUGCACUCAUCUGUGUCCGUGUUCAUCGUACAUAUCCUUCCACAGUAUCAGAAGCCGCCAAAGUCUUCAUUACUCCUUCUACCUCCUAAUCUCCUCCCACCCCUGCCACCGCGGUGGCCGCCGCCUUGUCCACCUUGUCCUUUCUCCUUCUUACCAUGGCUGGCAGCCUCACCCCUCGGAUGAGCACCGGCUGAAGCAAGCGAAUGUUUCGACACAAGCUCGUGAACGGAGCCAGCACCACGCGUAAGCUCACCGAGAAGAUUCGUCAGUUGAACGUCCGCAGUUUCCUUUCUAAACUCAUUCCUGAACGGCGUGUUUCCG